AUGUGCUGCAGCGAGUGCGGCUGCUACGACGCAUUCUGCGACCGCUGCUGCCCCUGCGUCUCCUACGACGCGCGCGAGGCUAUCCUCUGCGGCGCCGUCUGCCUCGCCGUCCUCGCCGGGGCCGUCCUCCUGGCCGUGCUCCUCGCCGCCUACGGCUUCAUCCGCCACGCCGAGGUCACCGUCAGGGACGCCUCCCUCACGCGCCUCGCGCUCGCCGUCUCCCCGGCCACCGCGUUCGCCUACAACCUCUCGCUCACGCUCACCGUCCGUAACAAGAACUGGGCCAUGAGCGUCAGGAACACCAAGCCGCUCGAGGCCCGCUACAGCUUCGACGGCCAGCCCUUCGAGCGGAUCAGGCUCGCCGAGGAGGGGUUCACGCAACCCCCUGGCGACACCCAGGUGUACCACCUCGUCUCCCGCGACGGCGGCGGCUACGUCGCGCUCGGCAACGCCGGCGUGGCCGAGUUCAAGGCGGAGAACGCGACGGGGAUGUUCAAGGUGGAGGUGGCGGUGUCGGGCGAGGUCUGGUACCAGGCGCACUACACCAAGUGCAAGUUCGAGGCCAAAUGCCCGCUGGUGCUGCCGCUCGCGCCGCCGGGCACGCCGGCCGUCGUGUUCCAGGAGGUCAAGUGCAAGCCCGUCACAGCCGACAAGAACUGCUAG